UCCUCUUGGCCUGCAUGGGUCUUGUCUGUGCUAUCUUUUCUCUCGGCUCCCGUUUUGUGUGUUGGGGGGAUGGGGCCGUGCUGAGGAUGAGAGACUCCAAAUAUUUACCACUUGGCUAACUAAUUAUCUUUAUUUCCGAACCGAGCUUCAUCCCUCGCUCUUGUACAUAUACAUACUUUUACGAUCACGCAUGAGUUAAGGGGGAAUUUGGCCAAAUCAGAGUGGAGUAUUCUGUACGUCCACGACACGCUUAAAAAAAGUCGACAAAAUGUAUUCCUCUGCUGGAGGUAAGUGGAGCAGCUAACAUUAGCAUCGUGAUUAGCAAGUGAUGCGGCUAGCUAAAAAUGAACACACCAUUUGUAGCAUUUUAGCUGCUACAUUUAUAUUUCUGACACACGUACUCGACUCUUUUUAAAUGUAGCUAACUAGUUAAUAUGAAUCUCAAACAAUGUUUUGAUCACCUGUCGUCCCAGUCUUAAGUAGCGGCAUUAGUAGUAAAGGCUAGCUUAAGCUAGCGUGCAACAACAAGAAGCCGCUGUUAGCAUACUUAGCAUCAACGCUAACGUUACCUCGUUUACCCAACUUGUUGUCGGUAGCUGCUCAAUGCGGUAUGUUGUGGAAUCGACUGGCGAGUGUUUUCUCAAUGAGCCACACGAGUGUAAACACAGCGAUCGUUGUUCACGAGUGUCUCACUAUUUGACUCUUAAGUACAGAAGAUAAAGCGAUGUGUAGCGGCCGGCCAUGCUAAAUAAUCUCAACACCAAUCUUAGCAAUGCUUAGCUAACAGCAUCCAACUUUAAUUUAGUUAUGUUACAUCGUUUUUGAUCCCGGAGCCAUCAGAUCGCUCUGUCAAUGUAACACGCAAUUUAUUGACAUUGAGCAUAUAACGUAAAGUAAACGUAAAUUAGGCAUGUGAAGUUUGACUGAGGGUUUGUACAAUUACAGUGUACCGCAAGAGUUUACUCUUAUUUGGCUAUUAGACGUUAGAAUUACGUUAGAAUAUUAUAGCAUUUGCCAACUUUUUCUCUCUGUCAUUGGACAGAUUAUAAUUAUUUUAUGGUUUGUUUUCCAUGCUGCUGGAGGGAUCUCUGUUUUCUUUGCACUAAAUAUGAAUUGGCAAGCUUGAUCUGGUCAUUUCCAGGAGAAAUCAUGUCCUUGAAUUACGGGUAGCUUCAGCAGAGUUGGGAGGAAUCGAGUAGGCUGGCAAUCUGUUUGCAUAUUGAUAAGAGUUUAAAAAAAAAAAAGGCACCCUUGAAUGUGGACGAUGGCGUUAUAGAAGUGAUAAGCGAGCAAGACAUUCUGAAUUCAAGCCUUCACGAUGGAAAUGUAUAGAGAUACGUAGUACUCUGUGCCACUUCAUAAGUUAUUUUUGUUAACUUGUAAAGCAGUAAACCUAUAUUUCUAUCAUGUGUUAAGUGACUCAAAUGCAUGUUUUUCACCUCUUUAUGUGUUUUAAGUAAAGUGUGUAUCAGAUCAAAUGUCACAACGUUAUUUUAUGUCCUCUGUAGCCACCGAGAUGCAGGAGGGACCCCGUUCCUCUGGGUCCACCGGCUCUGACGAACAACUCCAAGACUGCCCAGCCAAUGACCCCCCUGUUUUAGACCCGCCAUCCUCCCCAGUGCCAGAAUAUGUGUUCAAGCCACCGUCACGGCCGGACUUUGGCACCAUGGGCAGGACAAUCAAGCUCCAGGCCAACUUCUUCGAGAUGGAAAUCCCCAAACUGGAGGUCUACCAUUAUGACAUCGACAUCAAGCCUGAGAAAUGCCCCAGGAGGGUCAACCGUGAAAUAGUGGAACACAUGGUCCAGCACUUUAAAACACAGAUCUUUGGUGAUCGAAAGCCAGUGUACGACGGGAGGAAGAAUCUCUACACUGCCAUGCCCUUGCCCAUAGGCAGAGACAAAGUGGAGCUUGAGGUAACCAUUCCUGGUGAAGGCAAAGACCGCAGCUUCAAAGUAUCAAUCAAGUGGGUGUCCUGCGUGAGCCUGCAAGCGCUGCACGAGGCUCUAGCAGGGCGGCUACCCAGCGUCCCCUUUGAGACCGUCCAAGCCUUGGAUGUGGUCAUGAGACAUUUGCCCUCUAUGAGGUACACGCCGGUGGGCCGCUCUUUCUUCACGCCCUCAGAGGGAUGUUCAAACCCCCUCGGUGGCGGCAGAGAGGUGUGGUUCGGCUUCCACCAGUCCGUCAGGCCUUCCCUUUGGAAAAUGAUGCUCAACAUCGAUGUUUCUGCCACUGCGUUCUACAAAGCCCAGCCUGUAAUCGAGUUCAUGUGUGAGGUCUUGGAUUUCAAAAGCAUUGAAGAACAACAGAAGCCCUUAACUGACUCCCAACGAGUGAAAUUUACAAAGGAAAUCAAAGUUUGUUCUCCUUCACCGCGAUUCCCUCUUCCAGGCCUGAAAGUGGAGAUCACUCACUGUGGGCAGAUGAAGAGGAAGUACAGAGUGUGCAACGUGACCAGAAGACCAGCCAGCCACCAGACGUUCCCCCUGCAGCAGGAGAACGGCCAAACUAUUGAAUGCACAGUAGCACAGUACUUCAAAGACAAGUACAAGCUGAUCCUGAGAUACCCCCACCUCCCGUGUCUACAGGUGGGGCAGGAGCAGAAGCACACCUACCUACCUCUCGAGGUGUGCAACAUAGUGGCAGGACAGCGCUGCAUCAAAAAGCUGACAGACAAUCAGACCUCCACUAUGAUACGGGCCACAGCCCGGUCGGCACCGGACCGUCAGGAGGAGAUUAGUAAAUUGAUGAGAAGUGCCAACUUCAACACUGACCCGUACGUCCGUGAGUUUGGAGUGAUGGUGAGGGAUGAGAUGACAGAAGUCAAUGGCCGUGUCUUACAAGCUCCUUCCAUUCUGUAUGGAGGCAGGAACAAAGCAAUAGCCACACCAAUCCAGGGCGUGUGGGACAUGAGGAACAAGCAGUUCCACACCGGCAUUGAGAUCAAAGUGUGGGCCAUCGCCUGCUUUGCACCACAAAGGCAGUGUACUGAACUGCUGCUCAAAGCAUUCACCGAUCAGCUGAGGAAGAUUUCCAGGGAUGCAGGGAUGCCCAUCCAGGGUCAGCCGUGCUUCUGUAAGUACGCCCAGGGAGCGGACAGCGUGGAGCCCAUGUUCAGGCACCUCAAGUACACCUACCAGGGCCUCCAGCUGGUGGUAGUCAUCCUGCCGGGGAAGACGCCCGUCUACGCUGAGGUGAAGCGCGUUGGGGACACGGUGCUCGGCAUGGCCACGCAGUGUGUGCAGGUGAAGAAUGUUCAAAAGACGACGCCUCAGACGCUCUCCAACCUCUGUCUGAAGAUCAACGUCAAGCUGGGCGGCGUCAACAACAUCCUCCUGCCGCAGGGCAGGCCGUUGGUCUUCCAGCAGCCAGUGAUCUUCCUUGGUGCAGAUGUGACUCAUCCUCCUGCAGGAGAUGGAAAGAAGCCGUCCAUUGCUGCUGUGGUUGGUAGUAUGGAUGCCCAUCCCAGCAGAUACUGUGCCACGGUGCGGGUGCAGCAGCAUCGGCAGGACAUCAUCCAGGACCUGGCCACCAUGGUGAGGGAGCUGCUCAUCCAAUUCUACAAGUCCACUCGCUUCAAGCCCACCAGAAUCAUCUACUACCGCGACGGCAUCUCCGAGGGCCAGUUCAACCAGAUGCAGGUCCUUCAGCACGAGCUGCUGGCGAUCCGCGAGGCCUGCAUCAAACUAGAGAAGGACUACCAGCCUGGUAUCACCUUUGUGGUGGUGCAGAAGAGACACCACACGAGACUGUUCUGUAUGGACAGAAACGAGAGGGUUGGGAAGAGUGGCAACAUUCCUGCAGGCACCACAGUGGACACCAAAAUCACUCACCCAUCAGAAUUUGACUUCUACCUUUGCAGUCACGCUGGCAUCCAGGGUACCAGCAGGCCGUCACAUUACCAUGUGCUCUGGGACGACAACCACUUCACUUCAGAUGAACUGCAGGUCCUCACCUAUCAGCUGUGCCACACCUAUGUGCGCUGCACCCGCUCGGUUUCCAUCCCCGCACCAGCUUACUACGCCCAUUUGGUGGCCUUCCGGGCUCGCUAUCACUUGGUGGACAAAGAGCACGACAGUGCCGAGGGCAGUCACACAUCAGGCCAGAGUAACGGGCGUGACCAACAGGCCUUGGCCAAGGCCGUGCAGAUCCACCAGGACACCCUGCGCACCAUGUACUUUGCCUGAGAGCACACAACUCCAAGUUGGCGUGGGUGAGACCCCACUGGUGGAAUACACUACCCACUCGCUGUCUCACUGUCAGCUGUAGAUAGCGUCACAGUGGUUUCACAGAGUGAUCUCCCUACCUAACAGGCCUGUCAGUUACCCAUAUGUCUAUAAUUGUACUUCAGCCCCUGACCCAAACAAAGCCAGCUAUUAGACUGUAAGAACCCCUAUUUAUUGGGGUUUUGCGCUGGAAGAGGUUUUAUUUACAUGUUGUGUGCAUUAGUGUCCGUUUUGUAUUUGUCAUAGGGGAAUAUGUUGCAAAGAAUGAAAGGAAAAGUUUAGAAGACAUUUCUAAACUAGUGGGCAGUAUCAUUAUACAUUAGGGUGGUUCAUAAUUACGAAGAAACCAACUACCCUCCUCCUCCUGUUUGCAUUGUGUAUGCGGCUCUGUGUGCUGGAAGGGAGAAGGAUCAAAUUCAUCAAGAGAUAACGGGGGCCUGUUCACUGUUUAUAUGCCUGAAGAGUUGCUCCUCCUCCUCCGACAAACUUUAUUUAUCAGCCAAUCAAAGCAAAGUGCACUGAGCAGAAUGAGUAUUUCAAUCAGGACAACAGUACUUAGUUUAUUGAGGGUUGUGUGUGAUCUUUCACAUAGAGCACUAUGUGAUGAAAAGUGCCAUUUGAGACCACCUUUCUGUUGUCAUUUCUGUGUAAAACUAUGAAUUAGACCCACAGUUGCUGGGUUUUUCAGUAUUUGUCCUCGAUUGACACUGAUGACCAUUUUAUGCCAAAUCUGGUGACGAUUGACGAGAGGAUUCUUUGCAUCAGAUUUGUUAUCAACCCUUGAACCAACACUUAGUUUAUUCUAGAUGAGGGCUGUUAGUGUUGAGAUAGAUUUAAAUUGUGUCGUCCUCCUGCCUCUCGUUAGUCUGAACUGAACUAGUUUCACCAGUAACUCUAUUCCCACGCCGAGACUUGGUGUACUGGGACCGGUUCCCAACAACGACUUCUUUCUAGUGUAGCCUGAGCCGUGUUGAUGAGACACAUGAUUUAGAAAUCAACAUAGAGGGGAACUUGAUGAAAUCCAUUCUUUUUUUUUUGUUUGUUCCUUCCUGUUUUAUAGUCUAAUUUAAUUUCAAUCAGUUUUGUAAUGAAUAUGCAUGUAGCCGACCCAUGUUUUAGACAUUUGUGAUACUAGUUUAUUUCUUCCUCUUUUUUUUUUUUUUUUUUUACACAUUAACCCUUCUUCUACGUUUUAAUGUAUAUAGCAGCAGGAUAGUGUUUUCUGCAGUGUCUUUGUCAGGGCGGGAUAUUUGUGUGGCGUCUCGAUAUCACGGCAUUCGGUACAGUGGAGUAACAGCUGCACCAUUUCAGACUUUAACUGAUUGAAAUUCCCUAAAAAUGAAACAACUACUAGGGUUUGCUCCAUGAAUUGGGAGCAGUCAUUGCACAAAAGCUUGGGUUUUAUGCAAAUGACUUUUUGUGAGUCUUUAUACUAUAUAGUAAUGUUGGUAAUGAGGUAUAUUUUGAAUAAGCUUUCAGUGGAGGCUGCUGAAAAUAUUAUAGAUUUUCUUUUUUUUUGUUUUUUUUUUAAUGACUGGCCCACAUGUAGUCUAAAUUAACACUGUCUAUUUGUAUACAGAUUUUAAAUGCAACUAUUAUCUUGCCUUCUAAGACUGCUCCGGUCUUACUAAUAACUCUAGACAUUUCCUAACGUCCCACCUAAGUUUUACUAAGUUAAGCUAGCGAAUGUUCAUGUAGUCUUGAUUGGAGGCGUGUAGUCUAUAUUUUCUAACUAUGCAUCAUUUUUAACCAAGAGAUUUAGCAGUGGGGUAUCUCACAUGAAUUAGGGUCAUUUAUAGAGGUAGAUAAUCAGGUUUUUUUUAUUGUUUUAUUUUAAGCAUGUUGCAUUUAGUAGCGUUUCUUAGUGCUUAUCAGCAUCUUCAUGCCUUUCUAACAGGAUGAAGUAUUCGUGGUCAUUUGUAACAUUGUAGCUUUUAUAGCCUGAGUAUUUGGUGUAUCCUUUGUGACACAGUCUUUCUUAGCCAAACAAGAUUACAAACUUUUACAUGAUUAAUAUUCAAGAGACAUGGAAGCACAAACGGCCAUCUUGAUUCUAGGUGCUAGAAGUUUUCACUGUAAGCCACCUUAAAUCCUCACUGGACUGGUCGACGAGGCUUUUUAAACGUGUACGCUAAAAAGACGCUUCGUCAUUUUGAGGGUCUUUUUCUCUAUGUUGCUCUUUUUACUCAUUUACCUGUAAAGCAACUAGAAAUCCGACUGACUGUGUUUGUGGGGCAUUCUGAAAAUCGACGUACUUGAUAUUUACUGUUAUGAUGUCAAUAUUGUUCUUAUCGGUGCUGGUCUCACACAUGUAAAUUUGGAUGCACUUUUGAUAGCAGAACGUUGGUAUGACUUCGAUAGACGCGUGUUCCUCAUUUUGAAACGGGAGGCUCGGCCAUAUUGCGUGACACACCGGUGUAAUUGUGUGGAAAUGGCCGUGUGUUCUACCUCUUGUUACCUGUUCAAGUGUUAUGGUAACAUCACACUGCUGGCCAUUUCUGUAUAAUUACCCCCUGCUAUCUAUCUAAUUGGCAUUGUUUGAGUCUUGCAUUGACAUUAGAGGUUUUAAACGUUCGGUGUGCAUGAUGGUAAACGCGCUUUCUCGGUUUAUGUAGUUUUGUGAUAUUUCAUUUCAUAUUUUACUCAAUCUGAUGAGAGAGAGAAUGUGGGGUUGUUUCUUUCUUUCUUUUAGGGAUUUUGAGCGUUGAGCUGUAUGACCAAAUUCCUGCAGUGUGUUUGUAUUCACACACAGCUUUCCCUUUCUUUCCUUUUUAUUCUAUGCACCAGUGGAAUGAGACUUUUUUUUUUUUUUUUUUUUUUUUUUUUUCUGGACACCUUGAUUUUCCAUAUGAGCAGCAUAACAACAAAUGCAAAAAGCCCACAUUAGCUAUGAUCAUUGCAUACCCUUGAGUUGGACAAAUUGUACCCAAGGUGUGCCGUUAGUCGGACUGUUAAAGUUGAUUGCAAACUUAAAAACAAUACAUAGAGAACCGCCUCUUCAGCCUGAAAGAAGUCCAGCAUGUAUAAAGAGGUAUGUGAUUCGGGAAGGCCUUUGACCACUUAAAAAUCCACCACGGAGCUAAUUUGUAGCAUCAGGCCAAAUCUGAAAUGUGUUUUAUGGAGACUGAUGGAGGUGGAGUCUGUUUGGAAAACCUGAACGUCAUUUUGUGUAGAAAGUGAAUGGGUGUCCUAAAUGAUAGCGUGCUGAAAUUCAGAAAAAUGGGGGUAUGUCUUUUUGGGAGACGGCUUUGUACUUGUUGUUACUGCUCCUUCCGUGUUUGACAUUACCUAUACCAGCACCUUAACGCAGCAGAUCAGAACGGCAUUGCUUUUCCUGGCGAUAAAACCUAAAACAUUUGACAAUGUUGUUUUUGCACUAAACAAGAGUAGACUUUUGUAGCUGCUGCAGCAUUAAGAGUAUUUAUCAGAUGGCAGACUGGCUUCUUCUUCUUCUUCUUCUUCUUCUUUUUAAAACUGAGAAAGGAUUUGGCGACGGCAAAAAAUUCCAAGCGGCAGCGCUUGAGAGCCUCAGCGUGUGCAUUUUGCCAUUCAGAAAGCAAGAGGGAUUCUACCGAGCCAACCGGCGUUCAGCGUGGCGUCUUUGAGAAAUAUGCCUUUUUAAAUGUAAACAACAGAGUGAAAUUUAGUUGCGUUGGUGGGUUGCCUUUGUACAGUGAUGUUGGAGAAAGGUGCUUUAUGCAAAACAAACUGACAGGUGUUGAAAAGAGCUGAUAAGCUAUGAACGGUAAGGUUUCCUUAGAGGCGUGGGUGCCGUGUGCGGGAAGGUUUGACGGUCACAGUCCUUGUUCCAAGACUGCAUAGGAAAAUAACGCUUAAAGUAAGGCCUCUCUGUGUGUCACCACCUGAGACUAUACAUAUCAAGAUUCAGAAGAGGCUUUACUUAAACCUGCUUGAUCAUGAUGAGCUAAAUCAAGCCUAUGUAUGGAGCAAAUGCAUGAACACACCAGCCUGGAUGAAUGUGGCACCAAGUUAAAUGGUGCCCGAGGUGCUUAAGUCAGGCAUUCAAAAUGCCUGCAGUGGUAACCCUCCCGACAUUACUUCACCUCAGUUUGGCUGUUCUUCCCGUAUCCUUGAAUGUCCAAAACUAGGACGAGGCAGGUGGUAGAAAUGUCUGGUAUGUAAACUAAAUGGCAUAUCAUCAUAAGCUAAUUUAAGUGUUCACUUUACUUUAUUCUCUCCAAACCGUUUUUGUUUGUAUCUUUUUUUUUUUUUUUUUUUUUUUUUUUUUUUUUUUUUUUUUUUUUUAAAUGUUGGGUUGAAAGAGGCUGAGAUUAAAAACUACUCCAAGCUUUACUUACUUUCGCUUUUCGAAUGGUCUCGGAAUAAAAUGCAGCCUGACUUCCAAUGAAGCAACAAACCUAUACAUCCGUUUAUUCCAAACCAUAACCCUGUAUAUUGUUUCUCCUCUUUGCCUCUCAUCCGUCUCUUGUAGAGAAACUAUUGCUGACAUAAAGAAACCUCUUGUAGAGUAGAACCUAUUUUCCUAGCUCCAAAUAAUAACAAUGAAUGUACUUAGAGCCUGCGUGGUUUGUAAUAUUGUUAAGGCCAUCCAUCCAGUACAUCUAUACUAUAUAUACGUUUGCUUCUUGUGUACAGCCUUUUGUUAUUUUUCUCUUAUUUAUGGGCUUUUUAAUAAUUGCAGAACGUAUUAUGUUCUUUUUUUAAUAUUUCAUUGAUUUAGAUAUCACCCACAUCCCAGCUGACAUCAUUUUGGAUUAACAGGAGGUAUACAAGUCUACAGUUGAGAUGUCUUCUCUCUGGAUGUUUGCUACUGUAGUUUUACGAGACAAACGUUAUACACUGUUGCAAAGACUGGUCAUCUUUUCUGUUUCUGGCGCCAUGCUUUUUUUGAAUAGCUGUAACAUAACUGUGUGUGUGUGUGUGUGUGUGUGUGUACAUAUGAUGGUUGCUUUGGUGUGUGUGUGAUCUUGUUUGCCUUUAGAUUCUCGGCUUCUGCUUAAGCCCUCUGGUCUGAUAUUCCUGUCCUGUAGAAUCCUCCCAGAGUUCAGCUCACUCACUCAUUAGCGCAGGGACACUUGAAAGUGAAAGAAGCUGAGGUUUUUAGUGUUGCUUGUGCUCCUUACCUUUUUGGUGAUUGUAUUACUACACAGAUGUUUGUUUGUUUUUUUUUUCCAGAUUUCAAAAAGCACAGUUUGAGAUUUCCAUGGCAGUCGGCUGGCUUCCGCGAGCAUAUUUCUCCUCUUUCCUCGAUCACUUUGUCCCUGACAGACAGUCUCUAUCAUGCCAAUGUCCACCCGAUUACCUGGAGCCAUGUGACAUUUGUGUGGCUUCAACAAGGUCUUUCCAGUUAGAGUUUACCUAUUUUAUUAUUAUUGUCUUUUAGCUACAAGUCUAAAAUAUUGAGCACAAAUUCAAAUGACGUACUGGCAGACCUGAGGAAAGAACCAUUAUUAACCACAACCGUUCCCUGAUGUCCACCGGAUGCAGCUACAUCACAUUUUGGUUGUCACGUCUGGUCUUAGUUUCAAGAAGAGUCUUGAAGCUCCAGCUCCUUUAGCAGCCACAUGUCUAUUCUAAUUAUUUAGCCCCCGACCUUUACUCUAGUGCCACUAGCAGGUAAAGGUUUCACUCAUCCCGUUAAAUCUACUCAAUGGAUUGGACAAGCGUCGGUAGAUAUAGUUAUGUAUGUACAUUCAGCUGUGAAGUUCAAGCUUCAGGAUAGCAGAGAAAUCUGGCGUGAACGAGAAUAGGAACCGAUAAUCGCUGGCAGCCAGAAUGCGUUCCAGCUGUGUCCGGUGUACGUUUGGGGUUCUCCACGGGGCUGCAGUCAAUCUAACCUAACAGAGUAGAACCGUUACCAAGCUUCAACUCUCCAAAACCAAUGCCAUCCAUCCGAUCUACCGGUCUCCAACCAUGCAAGAAUCGUGGGUAUUUGUGUAUUUUCAAAGCAUUUCUAGUCUUCAGAAUGAACUUGGCUUUUUAUUUACCAACUUUGAAAAAAAAAAAAACUACCUCAGAGCAGUGUCAGGUGCUAGCUAAUAUUAGCCCUCAUUUAUAAUAAUGGUAUCAAAAUCAAAAAAAUUAUGACCAAACCAAUACAAGCCAAUAUCGUAUGAGAGCACUGUUCUUUUCUUUGACCUUAUUAAAUGGAAAACCAAGUAAUCAUGUACGACUGGUUGGUUGCUUUAGUUGGUUACGUUUUGGGGGGACCAAAUAUUUGUAAUUGGGAGUCUCAUCGUCUCAUGCGAGUCCUUCAUUUUUAUUAUUUUUUUCAAAAGAUCGCUACAAAACCAACCGAGGAAACACAUUCCUCGCAGUGAAGUAAACUGUAAUCAUGACAUCAUCAUAAAGCAAUUACUAUUCACGAUGACAAUGUGUUGCUAUUCCAGCAGACAUGUUGGCGAUAUUGAGGAAUGUUCAUAGUGGCGGUGGAGAUCUGUUGGAAAGACGUAUGUACAGCAAUAAUGUUGUUGCGUGUGGGGUCGUUGGUCAUUAGUUUGUCGUCUGUGCGCAGGUCAAGGCAACAAGGCUCAAUAAACAUUUUCAACUUUUAGUUGGCAAAAACAAUACUUUGCAAAUGGGUAGAUUCAUUUGUCUCAAUAUUUGGAAGCAGCUGCUUUUUUUUUUUUUUUUUUUUUUUUUUUUUUUUUUCCUUCUUUUUACCGAAAUGUUAAAAGGUGUCAUACUGGAUAGAGCCACUCCACGUGAUCAAAUGCCUACAUUUCUCUCUGCCGUGUUAACCCAGUACUGCAAUAAAAUCAGGGUGGAUGUCUCUGUUGCCUACUCAGUUCAUUUCCGCUGCUCCUACGAUUAGCCAGACUCUACGGCAUUGUUGUUGUUGAGGGUAUUAAAAAUGUAGUUUUUGCAUGCAACAAUUAACAAAGGGAAUAUACACAUUUGAACAUGCUUUGCAAGGUAACAGAACAUUGUAAACGUCAGCGGGGAAAAAAGGUACAUACAAGGCUUUGUGGAAAUUAACUACAGAUCGUUGUAAUUUAGUCUGAACUGAAAACAUCCAGUGCGUGUUUGUAGUCGUCUCAUGCGUGCCUUUUGUCGGAUCUCUCUCGCUCUCUCUUCUCCAUCUGCGCCACGCAUACAAAUCAUUUCCAUUUUUGAUUAUCACGCAACCUCUCGUGUAGAUGCUGCAUAGAACGGAUCAGUAUUUGUGUUUUGCACUUUCAAAGCAGUCUCAAAAAAAAAAAAAAAAAAUAAUAAUAAUUGACGAGGUAUUUUAUGCUAUCAAUAGGAAUUAUAAGGAAUAAUAUGACUUUGAAGAGCUUUUCUAAAAAGGUUGAUAUAUCUAUAUAUAUUCAUGAAGUACCUCAUAAGCCUGAUAUAUGCUGCAUUGACUUUUUUUCUGUAGUGUACUUCAUAUUGUCCAAUACAUUUUAAUUUUAUUUUUUAAUUUUCCCCUUUUGGGAGGUUUGAAUGUCACUACAGGCUGUGCACACGCCACAACCAGUAAAUCUAAUCUGUCGUAACAAAGGAGUACGUUACACUUUGUGGCCAAAUGAUAAUGUGUCAUUUAUGCAAUUUUUACGCGAAUCUCAUCAGAAUAUUUCUCACCUUGUAGCCGCAUCAUAUUUCUGUGCUCUUGUGGUUUUUUUGGUGUUUUUUUUUCAUAUUGUCGGUGCAGCCAAACAAAUAGUUGACGAAGAGUUUGACGCUCACGAGGCUCUGUGGUUUAACACGACUGACUCAGGUAUUGUCGUGAAAGGGCUCUAUCUGCUUACUGUGUCCCUUACCCCCCCCCCGCCGCCCCGUCCCGUCCCCUGCACCGCUGUCUUAAAAUAGCCUUAGAUCUACACGUGAGGUUCCUAUUUGGCCUUAAAGUUGGAACAAAUUAUGCACUUCAAUUUCACAGACUUGACGGAGAGCUUGAUCCCCAUUCAGACACUAUUAUUAUCUUUUUGCGUCUCAUUGCCGUGUUAUCUACCUCCUAUGAAUGUAGGGGCUGUCCUGGAGUUGUAGUCAACUCAUUUAAGGAAAAACGGACAAUCAUCUGUAGUUUGUUGAAGGAAAAAAAAAAAAAAAAAAAAAAGUAAAAUAUAUUCCUCUAUUCAUUCAUACAUCAAACUGAUUCCAGGACACUCCAGUUUCUUUGGCCAUUUUUCAUUUUAUACAUUGUACUUUUUUCCCCACUUGUAAGCCAUGAUGGAGAAGCAAAGCGACCAAAGUCUCUUGGCAGAAGGCAGCCCUGAACAGCCGUAUGAACUCAAACCUCCCUUCAUUUGUGUCAUUUUGAGUUGUUGUUUUUUAUCCUUUCUCUCUCUCUCUCUCUCUCGCUCUCUUCUCCCUUAUUUAAACCACGACAUGCCAAAACUGAAUUUGCUGUCAUUCCUGUUCUGGUGAGGGUCUUUAUGUUGCUGAUUUUAAAUUGUUCACAUCCACUGCUAAGCUCCUCAUUUCUUGUUGUUGUAAAAGGUGUAAGCUUUGAUUUCUAUUUUACAUUUACUUAUUUUUGUUAACAAUAAUGCUUACAGAACACAAGAUAUGCUGUAAACCCUGUUAGGACAUAAUGUGAAUACGUAUCACUUAAUAUAGUUCACUCUUUGGCUUGACUGUAAGUUGCGUUAAUUAAUAAAAACAUGUUUUAAGUU